AAGGAUAUAUAAAGAUAUCCAAUUAUUUUGUAUGAUUUGGUCUCAACUGAACGUUGAGAAAUCAGUCAAGAUGACAUGCUGACAAGAAUUCAAAGACGAGCUCUCCACUAACAUAAUCCUGCUUCUCUGCCUCUUCUUGUAUAAAUCAGCCUCUUCCUCACAUUGUUCAGCUCAAGGCUCCCUUCCAACUUACCCAUGGAACACCUAACUCAAAAUCAUCAGAAAGGAGUGUCAGCCAACAAGCAAAGCAAAUACAAACAAAGGACUGCCAACAAUAAUAGCAGAAGCAAGUUUGUUGGGGUGAGACAAAGGCCUUCCGGCAAGUGGGUGGCAGAGAUCAAAGACACGACACAGAAGAUAAGAAUGUGGCUCGGGACCUUCGAGACCGCCGAGGAAGCUGCUCGAGCUUACGACGAAGCCGCUUGCCUUCUUCGUGGCUCGAAUACUCGAACCAAUUUUUCCACCCAUGUAUCCCCCGAUUCGCCCAUCUCUUUGAAAAUAAAAAACCUCCUCCAUCAGAAAAAGACUUUGAAACAACACCCUUCACCAACUGCCAUCAUUAAACCGAUUUCUAGAAUUAGUUCUGGUUGUUGUCUUGCUAGUACCUUUGCUGAUUAUAGUUCUAAUUAUAGUGCUCCAUCUAGUGGCAAAUUAGAUCAAGGCACCCAGAUGGUUGGUGAUGCAUAUAGACCAGACUUGAGCAAUUGUAUUGCGGGACUUGAAGCAGGGAAGUCUCAUUCUGAUCACCCGUGGGCAUUCCCAACUGGGUUCAAUCAGCUUCCAUUAAUUCAGGAGAGACUAGACUUCCAGAGACAUGGUGGUUUGUUGCCUGCAGGUCCAACAGGGCUAGAACUAGCAGAGUUUGAGCAAAUGAAGGUAGAAAGACAAAUUUCAGCAUCGCUAUAUGCAAUGAAUGGAGUGAACGAGUACAUGGGGAAUACAUGUGAUCCUAGUGAUGCUCUUUGGGAUCUUUCCACUUUAUGUCACUUGUUCUGUCCAAGUUGAAUUCU